AUGAGUUAUGUCAUUCACAUAGAUGAGAAAUGGUUCUACUUGAACCCUGACAAAAGAAGGUUUUAUCUCCUUCCAAGUGAAGAAGAUCCAUACAUGGCACAACAGUCAAGAAGAUUCAAGUUAAAGGCUAUGUUCAUGGCAAUUAUUGGGAAGCCAUUGUAUGGCAUCAAUGGGGAACUACUUCAUGAUGGAAAGUAUGGGAUUUUCCCAUUCACAGUCCAAGACAGAGCAAAAAAGUCAAGCAAGAACAGAGCAGCAAGAACAAUGGUCACAAGGGCCCUUCAGAAUGUAAAUAUAGAGGUCAUCAGAGACAUGUUACUUAACAAAGUAAUUCCAGCAAUCAUGGAUAAAUGGCCUCAAAGUCUGCCUAAGAAUGUUUUCAUACAAUGGGACAAUGGGCCACAUCAAAUACCAACAGAUGAACAGUUUGUUGCAGCAACGAGAGCCAAUGGGUUUAAUAUUCAAUUUGUGUUCCAACCAGCUCAAUCUCCUGAUCUAAAUGUGUUAGAUCUAGAUCUGUUCAGGUCUAUACAGUCUCUACAGUAUCAAUCUUUUCCUAAGAACCUUGAUGAGCUAGUUCAGAAGAUCAAGCAUGUUCAGAAGGAGAUAGUGUUAGAGGCUGUAGAGUACUUGAACACAAUGUUCAGACCAGCACCAGAAGAGACUCAAGUAGCAGCAGAGGACAUGGAGAUGGAUGCAGAUUAG